AUGGAAGCCCAACCAGAUGCAGAAACUGAUUAUCAUCAGCCACACAAGAGAAAAAAUUGCACCCCCCAAAUGGAUUGUCCAUCUUCUUCUUCUGUUUCAGACCCAGCAGUGGAAAUCCCAAACAUCCCUGAAGAACUGAUUAUUGAAAUCCUGUCAAGGCUUCCAGUCAAACCCCUGCUGAGAUUCAGGCUUAAGUUUAACUUGAAGCUGUGUCCUCUCCAUGCUGCAAUAUAUCAGCAUGAUGAUGAUGCACCUGCCACUCAUGUAACCAUCAUGGAUGAUGACUUUCUUGUUAAUUCCCUGGGAAAUAACCAUGAUUUUAACCGUGAAAUAGUUAUGGCAGAUUUUGAUGAUGGUUACGACCACAAAGUAUUUUUACUUGGUUCCUGCAAUGGACUGCUUUGUGUUUGUGUAUUUGGAGACAUUUUUCUGUGGAAUCCAUCUAUUAGGAAAUCCAAGAAAUUACCUGGCUUCAGUCCUAAAUCAGGGACUGCUGCUGCUAUGUUAUACGGUUUUGGAUAUGAUGAGUCUAAUGAUGAUUACAAAGUAUAUAGAAUUUUGGGAAGUAAUCAGACAUGGGUGGAUGUGUAUAGCCAAAACAUGAACUCUUGGGGAAGAAUUGAUGAAUUUAAGGGUGUGUUGAUUAAUCAAGGGGUUUAUUUUGUGAGUGGAAAGCUCCAUUGGAGUGUAGGUAGUACAGGGGGGAAAAUUGUUACUCUUGAUUUGACGGAUGGGAUGCAUGGAGAGGUGGAACAGCCAAAAUAUGGAGAGCAUCAUGUUGGUUGGAAUUUGGAAGUGUUAGGAGGAUGCCUUGCAGUAUUUUAUUAUCAUCAAAAUGGCCAUGUGGAUCUUUGGAUUAUGCAGGAGUAUGGUGUGAAAGAGUCUUGGACUAAAGUGGUUCUGAUGAUUAAUUAUCCUUACUCUAGCUUUCAAAUGUUCCAGAAGCCAGUUUUUCUACUUAAGGACGGUGAGAUAUUGUUUCAAUUUGGAGAUGGCUUAGUGCUUUACUAUCCAAAGCGCAAGUCAUGCACAUAUCCUCGUAUUGCUAAUGUGAAAGCUCUCUUGGAAGUGGAUGUUUAUGCUGAAAGCUUAGUGUUGCUUAAUGACCAUGACGGAGUUGAAAUUGCCUAA